UUGCGCCAAGUUUCUGUUAUUAAAGUCAGCCUUGCAAUUUUGUUUAAUUUGAUCUUGUUUUCUUAAUUUUUGUUUUGUUAAAAUGGACCAGGAAAUGUUUUAUCACGUUUUUGACUACCUACACACAUUAUCUGGACACGGAUCCUCUCAUGUAAAAGAUAAAUCCGAUCGUGCUACUGUUGAAAAAGUGUUGGAUAAAAAAACAAGAUUAAUUAUAUUCAAAUUAUUAAACUCAAAAAUUUUCGAGUUCUUCAAUGGGUGUAUUUCCACUGGAAAAGAAGCAAAUGUUUACCAUGCCACUUGCUGUAAUGGUAGUGAAAAGGCGAUUAAAGUUUUCAAAACCUCCAUAUUAGAUUUCGGAAAUAGAGAAAAAUACGUCUCUGGUGAAUUCAGAUUUCGUCAUGGAUAUUGUGGCUCCAACAGGAGAAAAAUGGUUGCUACUUGGGCAGAAAAAGAGAUGAGAAAUUUGACCAGAAUGUAUCAUGCUGGAAUCAAUUGUCCCCAGCCAUUUAUAUUGAAAAGUAAUAUUAUCGUGAUGAGUUUUAUUGGGGAAAACGGUAUACCAGCUCCACUUCUUAAAGAUGCCCAUAUCGGUUCAACUGCUCGACAACUCUAUUUGGAUUGCAUCUUAAUAAUGCAAAAUAUUUUUAGGAAAUGUAAAUUAAUCCACGCAGAUUUGAGUGAAUUUAACCUCAUGGUUUUCAACAAAAAACUAGUUCUUAUUGAUGUUUCACAAGCUGUUGAAUCUAAUCAUCCCAUGGCUUUUGAAUUUCUUAGAAACGCCAUUUCUAAUGUAAAUGCUUUUUUUAGAAAAAAAGGAGUUACAACUUUCACCAUUCGUGAAAUUUUUGAUUUUGUUAUCAAUCCUGAUCCUGAUAGUGAUGAUAUUGAAGAAAAUCUAAACCGCUCACUAAAAACUAUUGAAAAUCUUACUACAGAUCAACUUGUGGAAAGAGAAAAAUCUAACGAUGUUUUUAAGGAAUCUUUUAUUCCACAAAGAUUAGAUCAAGUCUAUGACCCAGAAAGAGAUGUUUUUAAUCCAGAAGCAAAUGUGGAAGCUCAGCUGUAUAAAGAAAUUAAAAUAAAUAUACAUCAGGCUGACUCCGAAUCCGAUUCUGAUUCUGGACCUAACUCAUCCUCCGAAAAUGAAAUGUACAAUAGGGAUUGUAAAAAAAUGAAAAAGGUUUCUCAAGCAAGACCUCGUGAUGAAUCACCUGCUAGUAGAAAGCUACGUAAACGUAUCGCAAAACUGGCUAAACAGGAGAAACGGGAAAAUAAAGUUCCUAAAUGUCUAAAAAAACAGAAGACAAAAAAAGGUCCAAAGAAAAAAUGAUAAUGAGAAUCAUGAAAUUAAAUCAAAGCGAGAAAUAUUGUUGGAAAUAACGAUUUAUCAAAUUGUUAAAAAUGAUUUAAUAUAUUUUUCCACAUGAACUUGGGGUGAUUGGACAGGAGGAGAUUCAGAUCGUUAUUCAAGAAUGCGAUAUGAGAAUGGUGUACAGUGUUGGAAUGGUCCUGCUCGAUCAGUUGAAGUUUACCUUAAAUGUGGCCUUAACAAUGCUCUGUUAUCGACAAGUGAGCCUUCGAGAUGUGAAUAUCGCUUUGAAUUCGAAACUCCUGCUCUUUGCAGACCAGAAAAUCAAAGUAAUUCUCAUGAGCAUACUGAGCUUUAAAAUUUGAGCAUUGAAAAUUUAAUGAUGAUAAACCAUCAUUCCGAACAAACAAACGAUGUCAUUUUUACAUCAAGUCCUUUUAAUGUGAUGGUUUUUUCCUUUUUUUCAAUGCACAUUCCUUCGAAUUGUUAAUAAUUCAUUUAUUUAUAUUCCUUUAAUUGUAAAUUUAUUUCCGGUAUUGAUUUGUCACUGGUUUGCUUCUGUUAGCUUAUUAGAUAUUUGAUUACAUAGCAAACUCAAAGAGAGGAAA